UUAAGGAUGGUAGACUUUUGGUGCCAAAAGUGGAAGCUGCCACUAUUGUUGUGUCUCACAGGACUGCUGCAGUGGGAUCUGUGCAGUGGUCAGAUUCAGGUCCAGAUCCAGAAAGGUCCUCUGUAUAGAAUGAAAGGAUACCCCAUCUCCAUAUCCUGUAAUGUUACAGGGUUUACAGGACCAUCUGAGCGGGAUUUUGAGUUCAUUCUCAAGAAACAAAAUAUGGAGUUUAAUAUGAUCAGUACCAGUGACCCAAACUUUGCCUACGGAAUGUUCUCUGAUAGAAUAAGAAAAAAAGAGAUUUAUAUUGAAAGGCUGUCAGGAUUUUCAGUUAUCUUGUGGAUCAAAGAUUUGCAGGAGAGUGAUGCAGGUGAUCUGCUCUGUGCGACCCUACACACAGGUGGUGAAUAUUUCGGAGAUUAUGGUGCUGAGUCAAAGCUUAAUGUGAUAGCAGACACCCUGGAGGCAUCGUACUCGGGCUCUCCCUCACAGAGCUUGUCUGAAGGGGAUCCUCUUCAGCUUGAGUGCCAGGUCUCCAGCCAGACUUGUCAACACUCUCAUCUGUCGGUCACCUGGUUUCUUCAUGGUGAAGAUGAUGAAAACCCCUGGCCAAUCAUUACUCUGGACAAAGAUCUGACUGUAAAGCCAGGAGCUGGAUUUGAGGAUCGCUAUCGUGCUGGUCUUAUCAGCAUGGAUAAGGUGGAGGACACAACCUACAGACUGAAGAUGCCUCAAGUGCAGCAGUCCGACCAGGGGAAGUUCUUCUGCAAAGCCAUUGAGUGGAUCCAAGACCCAGACCAUUCCUGGACACAGAUUGCCCACAAAACCACCAAAGCAUGUGAUGUGGAGAUUAAACGAAUCGAAGUGGUCCCUGAUGCAGAGAGUAAUCGGGCGGUGGUCAUGCUGAUGAAUGAUGCGGUGACUGAGGGAGAUGCACUACAUGUCUCCUGCUCAGUGUCAGGAUUCAAGGGUCCUUUAUCAGUGUCAUGGCAACACAAGAAAGCCCUGGGGGCUUUCUUCAGUGAUGUCGUUAGUCUGACCCAUGAGGGAGUGAUGAAAGAUGUUGGGGCGAGGUAUCAGAGCAGAAACGUCCAGACAUUUCAUUCUCCAGCUGGAAGCUUUACUCUACAGCUUGGUGCUUCUUCUAUAUCUGACAGCGGAGAAUAUAAGUGCAUUGUGUCUGAAUGGACAGUACAGAGCAAUGGAGAGAUGAAAGCCAUCACCCAAUCUCAGCAAAAAGCCAUUACAGUUAAAUCUGUUGAAUCUCUAAUGGCGGUGAGCUUGACAAGUCGUACAACAAAUCUAUCUAUAGAUUCUUCAGUACAACUGCUAUGUCGAGUCAGAGGGCCUAAAGUGUCUUUGGCUCUACGCUGGAUGUUUCAGCCCCACAAUUCAGCUGCUCAAAUAAAUAUUUUAUCCAUAAGUCACACUGGAGAAAUGGAAUGGAGAGCAGAUCAGAGAAACUAUCAGCUGAACAUUCAAGCACAGCCGGGAGACACUUGUUUCACUCUCAUGGUGCCGAGAGCCAGCAAACAACAAGAAGGACAGUACCAGUGUCAAGUUGAUGCCUAUCAAAAGGAUGUACAGAAAGCCUUUAAGAACUCCAACCUGUUAGCUGUGAUUGUACACAAACCUGACAGCAAGAUGAGCCUGCUCUCACCCACUUCUCGUCUGGAAACCACUGUCGACACUGAUGCUAAGCUUGAAUGCUCAGUCAUGAAAACAACCACAAUUACGUCUCGUUUCACAGUAACAUGGAUGUUUGGGUCCCAGGUGCUCUUAACUAUGGACUUAGAUGCUGUUGUCAAGUUUGGCCCUGCAGCCGGCCUAGAGAUGGACCAGAGGAUCCGUUUGGAAAUAAGACAGAAACAGAACUUCCAGAUGACUAUCCAGCAGGUCAGAACAUCUGACAGUGGACAAUAUCACUGUGAGGUGGAAGAGUGGCUCCAGGAUCUGUGUUUUACACAAACAUAA